UAUGCAGCAGAGCGGCGGUGGCGGGCCAAUGGGCGGCGCGCGGCCGUGCAUACGGGAUGAGGCCGCGGGCCUUGUCAUGCGGGCCCGGCGGGCGGCGGGCAGCGGCGCGCGGGCCGCAAGAUGGCGACUGCCAUGUACCUGGAGCACUACCUGGACAGUAUUGAGAAUCUGCCGUGCGAGCUGCAGAGGAACUUCCAGCUGAUGCGGGAGCUGGAUCAGAGAACAGAAGACAAGAAAGCAGAGAUUGACAGCCUGGCAGCAGCCUACAUCGAGUCUGUGAAGAACAUGUUACCUGAGGAGAGAGUGGAGCACCUGAGGAAGAUCCAGAGUGCCUACAGCAAGUGUAAGGAGUACAGUGAUGACAAAGUGCAGCUGGCCAUGCAGACCUAUGAGAUGGUGGAUAAGCACAUCCGCCGGCUGGACGCGGACUUGGCGCGGUUUGAAGCUGAUCUCAAAGAUAAACUGGAAGGCAGUGACUUUGAAACCCCUGGAUCCCGAAGCCUGAAAAAGGGACGAAGUCAGAAAGACAAAAGAAGUUCUCGUGGUCGAGGCAGGAGAACAUCUGAAGAAGAUACACCAAAGAAAAAGAAGCUCAAAGGAGGGUCUGAGUUUGCUGAUACCAUCCUGUCAGUGCAUCCCUCGGAUGUCCUGGACAUGCCAGUGGAUCCCAACGAGCCCACCUACUGCCUGUGUCACCAGGUGUCCUAUGGAGAGAUGAUUGGCUGUGACAACCCAGAUUGCCCAAUCGAGUGGUUCCACUUUGCAUGUGUGGACCUGACCACCAAACCAAAAGGGAAAUGGUUUUGUCCUCGUUGUGUUCAGGAAAGAAAGAAAAAGAAGUAAGGACUAGAGGGGGAUACACCGUCGAGGCAAGAAGAAUUUAAUAUAUUCCUUCAUUCAUGUUGCAAUAUUACCUUUGAAUAUUUUUGUUAAUCUAUCCUCCAUCUUUUUCCGGUAUGAUAUUUAAUUAUCCAGUGGCCAGUUGAAAUUCCUGUUUUUUCCUAAGACAAUGACUUUGGGAGGGAGUCCCAAAUCCCUUUGCCACGGAGAUUUUAUUUAUGCUAGUCUUGCACAAUAAUACUGAGGGAGGUUGUUGCCUUUUCUGGCUGUUUCCAUUUCCCUGAAGAUUCUCUUAAGUACAUCACUGUGAAGAUGAAACCUACAGUAUUCUUGGAGAGAGAGAAGGUCGGAUUUAUUCACCAAAUAAGAUGAAGGCCUGAAUUGUUAGCUGUGAUUGCCUGUGUGGCACAUGGGUAAAUCAGGAAAUCAGGUUUUAGGGGAAGGCUCCAUGAGGAUAUUGUUUGUUCCCAUGAUGGUGUGGCUCUGCUGUUGAAGAAGGCCAUCAGGGAUGUUGUAACAGAGCUUCUUGUCUUUUUUUAAUGGGCCACAUUUGCAUGUUCUUGACUUCUCUAGCUGCCUUUCAGAUAAUGAAUGUGAAUCCUUGCAUUAGCACAGUGGCAGUGGCUGCAGCAGAAGAGAGAGAGGAAAUCGGGAGCUGGAAAGCAAAAGUUUCUGGUUUUUCCUUCCUCUGAGAUACAGAAGUUGAGGGAAGAGCAGAGAUAACUCUUGCCUUCAUAUGCUUCCUGCAUCAUGAGGCUUACCUACCUUCAGUGAAAAUAUAGUGGGGAAAGGUGUUCCAGGUUUCCUUCCUGCUGGUGGAAGGAAGAAAACAAAGCCCCAACUCAUUAACUUUGCUGGCUCUGGUCCCUGGUGGGUGUUGGUGGCAGCUCUGUGCAGGGCUGUGUGCUGCUUUCCAUACCAGUGUGCAGGAGCUCUUGGUACAGACUGCUGGAAAGGAGUCUGGAGUUUAUGGAGUUUCCAUAAAGAAACUCCCAGAUAAACUUUUCUUCUGCUGAAAAAACAGCACAGAAGGUUAAAAACACUUCUACUCAGAUUCUGGCACCUGUUUUCAAAGGAAAGAAGGCUUUUCCUGUUACACUGAGCCUCUUACUCAUGUUUUGCAAUGAAGUAGAACACAGCUCCUGCCACCUCUCCCUCUGUCAGGCUUUGUGCCUGCUGCUGAUGUAGAAGAAACCUCUCAAUUGUGAGGCAGCUUUUCCAUGAGCAUUGAUUUAUGGCAGGAAAAAAAGGAUGGAUUUUAGGAAAAAAAAUCCCUGUCUUCAGGGUCCUGUCAUUUCCACUGUGAUAUUGCAGGUGUCUUUACUACACUGCAUCACAGAGAGAUGAAGUUCCCACAGUUCUGUGCAUGAAAAUGCACAUUUGUGAUGCGCAUUUGUCCUUGCUGCCUCAGAGUGGCACAUGGAAAGCAGGCAGGGAAACUAAAGCCAGACUGCUGGAUGGAAGGAGGAGGAACAGCACAGUCACUCAAACCUGGAGUUCAGCGAGCCCUCUUCUUCUUCCUUCCUCUUCAUGAGAGCAAAUGUGAUAGCUCAUGAGCCAGCCUGUGAUCCAGUCCCCAGAGGGUGAGAGCUGCUCCUGCUUCACCCCCUGCACUGGGCUGAGUUGGAGCAUUGCUGUCCUGAAAAACCAUGCUGAUGCUGUCCCAGGUUUUGUUUUCCCCUUUCACCCAAUGGUAUUGUAGGCAACUUCUUUUCCUGUUUUUCCUAAGCUAUAUUAGUACUGGUAUUGCUGUGGAUGAAGCAUUUGAUUUGAAACAAUCUCAAAAUUCCACUCUGGAGAUCUUGCUGGAAACGUGCCGCGAGGGAAGAGAGCUGCUCUGGGUGAGCCAGUGUGGAGCCGACUUCCCUCAGCUCUCAAAUUCUGGUCAGAUAGGAUAACAAAACACAUUUUUGUAAGUACUUUAGGGGCUUCAGAGAGCAUUUUCCACUUGAACCAGCAAAGCAAAAAGGAAAACAAGCUCUGGAAGGUAGAGCCCUCCAAAGAAAGGAUAAUUUGCUAGGAAUGAUGAAUAGCGUGAGGUACAACAUUCUCCUGUUCUUUACAAUGCCUGUGAUGUGUAAAGCAUCUGAGAUCUGAUACCAGCAAUAAACUCUCCCACUGGGAACAUGCCAGUUCAGGGCUUGGAUGGGCUCAGGAGCAUCUCCUGCCCUCUUUAUACCUGGUCGUAGAGAAUUUUUACAACUCCUUGUAAACAGAAAUACCAGCAGCCUUCAUUUUUGCUUACUGAAAGAUUUAACCCUUCUGACUUUUGAAUGUACAGUGUUAAAUAUUUCCUGGAGAAGGGGGUGAUCCCUAAAGAAAUGCCCCACUUAAAAAACCCCGCCAGAGGAGCUCGGCUUUACCGCAGCUCAUCCAAACUGGAGGUCCGAACCGACUUUCUAUUACCGAGACGGCAUAAAAAAAAAAAGUAAAGAAUGUAAAGUUUAAAACAAACAAACAAAAAAAGUAUAUCUGUAUUUUUGGAGAUGUUUGAUUGUAUUAUAAAUAAAGUAUUUUUGGGAAUAAA